AUGCUAGACUACGUGUCCUGGGCAAUAGACGUAGUUGAAACAUUGCCACAACCACCAAAUGCUGCUUUGCAACAAUUGGCGCCGCGACGAUCGCCGACAGCUGACCCGCCUCGACGAUCCUCGGUAGCUGACCCAUCGCGGCGAUCGCCGACAGCUGACCCGCCUCGACGAUCCUCUGUGGCUGAUCCGCCGCGGCGAUCACCAACGGCUGAGCAGCCUCGGCAAUCCUCGGCGACCCGAAGAAGACGGUCGCGCUCGAGCUCGAGCUCGAGUUCGAGUUCAAGUUCGAGCUCUAGUUCGAGUUCCAGUUCAAGCGGAACAUCUUCGAGUUGUGCGUCGUGCAUAUCGGUCCAAAAUCGCAAAAGCAUACGCGAUCUUGGACCGAUUCCCAAGAUUGAGAAGAGGAAAGCAACAGAACAAAUGGGAAAUGAGCAAAAGAGGAAGGUGGCAGAGAGUAAGAAAGAGAGAGAGACGACACCAAACCCGGGAUCAUCAACAAUGGACUCCUCAGAAGUAGCAAGACCAGCACUGAGACGCAGCUUCCUAUAA